AUGUCUAAGACACCGAGCAAACACGGCCGCGAUCAAACACAGGGAUUCUUGAAUGACUUGCAGGACUGGGAACUUUCUUUGAAGGAUAAGGACAAGAAAAUCAAGCAGCAGCCUGCUAAGUUGUCAAAUCCGAAUAGUGAGAAAUUCAGACCGAGUGGUUCAGGGGAAUAUGACUUUGUAAAAAAGUAUGGUCCGGUGAAUGAUUUGUCAAGUAGUUUCGUGGAUGCUAAUUCAGAGAAGGAACAGGGUAAUGAGUUUUUCAAGCAGAAAAAGUUCAAUGAGGCGAUCGAUUGUUAUUCUAGGAGCAUUGCUUUAUCUCCAAAUGCUGUGGCUUACGCAAAUCGGGCAAUGGCUUACCUUAAAAUCAAAAGAUAUCGAGAGGCCGAGGUAGACUGCACAGAAGCCUUAAAUCUGGAUGAUCGAUACAUAAAAGCAUACUCACGCCGAGCAACAGCAAGAAAAGAACUCGGCAUGCUUAAGGAAGCGAAGGAAGAUGCUGAGUUUGCAUUAAGAUUAGAGCCUCAGAGUCAGGAACUCAAGAAGCAGUACGCCGACAUCAAAUCUUUUCUCGAGAAAGAAAUUAUUCAGAAAGCCACGGGAGCAAUGCAAAGCACUGCACAAGAAUUGCUCAAAACAGCGGGUUUAGAUAAGAAAACAAAAAUGCCAAAUACAGAAAUAAAUUUGAAGCCGGUGACCCUGGGGGCCAAAACAAAUGGGGAUAUGGUUCGGCCUCUUUCAGGUAGCAAGGAAAGUUCGGGGAAGAAGCUCAUUGAAAAUGUACAACCUGAGGAGAAAAACAAAGAAGGUUCCAAGAAAAUUUCAACUAUCACAGAACAUGUAGACCGUAAGAAAGUGACGCCUAGAAGCCUAGGUUAUGAGGAGGCGGCGAGGGCUUCUGGCAGAAAUAGUACUCAGCCUUCUGGUCCGGGAAACCAGGUUUCUAGAAAGCUGGAACUAAAACCAUCAGUACAAGAGCUUGCUACUCGUGCAGCAUCACUUGCAAUGGCUGAAGUUUCUAAAAACAUUAACGCCCCAAAAUCUGCUUACGAAUUUGAAAACUUAUGGCGGAGUUUUUCUGGGGACCGUGUAUUACAAACCCAGUUGUUGAAGGUUACGACUCCGAGCUCUUUACCUCAGAUUUUCAAGAACGCCUUGACUUCUCCUGUACUGGUUGACAUUAUCAAAUGCGUAGCCUUAUUUUUCGAUGAAGAUAUGGAUCUAGCUGUUAAAUACAUUGAGAACCUAACAAAGGUUCCUAGAUUCAACAUGCUCGUCAUGUGCCUUACCUCAACCGAGAAAAACGAGCUUCUCAAGAUAUGGAAUGAUGUUUUCUGCAAUAAGGAAACUCCAAUGGAGCAUGCAGAGGUCUUAGACAAACUGAGAUCAAGAUACUGCCUGAAACAGUAA